GGGUGCGCACGUACCAAAUGCAAAGUCAUAGGGCAUAUUUUGUAACAUGUAAAACAUAUGUGCCAGUGUUAUUUGCUCUUAAUGAGAGUCCCUUCCUGCAAAUCCCCUAAUGAAAAUGAAGCCCAGAAUCCCUGCUUCAAUUUCUGCUCUAAUGGCAGGUGAAUGUGCCGGAAUUUGCAAAGCCAUUUCUGGCCUCUUACCGGAAUCUCAAACAUUAAACGGCUUCGGUCGAAGCUGCAGCAGUUAACCAGCUUCCAGUUCCAAAGAUUUCAGAGCUCAAAGGGUUUACUAUUCAAAGUCCAUAAUGAUGAUAACGACUUCUCAGACCUGGGUCCUCCAGUAGAAAGAGCUUUUGGGCAGCUGAAAUUAGUGACGGAGAAGCGCGAUCCUUUUCCGAAAUUUGAUAAUGGUCGAGAAGUAUUAUCUCGCAAGUCUCACAGCAAAAGCAUGCAACACGUAAAGGGAAAAGUCUUAACUCUUGAUGAACCUCAUCAAAGUGGGUGUGGUAAUGGUGAUGAUGCUUCUGGGUCGACUUAUACAACUUCAGAUGCUGCUUGUAUGGACGUCCGGAGGUCAAUCUCAGUUGGGAACGUACCUUCUACCAUCAGCCUUCCUCAGCUUGUAGAAGCAGUUUCAGUCUUCGGAAAGUUCUGUGCUGCUUCAGUCAGGCAUCUUCCCGAUGGGCUUAACUGUUGGGACAUCCAAUUCAAGAGCUUAGAAUCCCGCAAUAGAGCAGUUAGAGCUGGUGCGCUAAAUCUUGGGAGGUAUCGCCUUCCAAUUCAACCCCCACGGGCUUCUAUGGUUGUUACUAUCAAGAUUGAGGACAUUCCCGAUGAUGCUUCCCUCAGUGAGAUGCACUCGAUCUGUAAAUCUGUUGGCACGACAGAAGGGUUGGCAUGGGUAAGCAAGGAUAGUGUAGAAGCCUUAUUUACAGUUGAGAAUGACAAAGAAUCUGAGUCGAUCCUCAAAAAGUUGAAUGGUGCUAUUGUUGGUGGUCAUUGCCUAUCAGCUUCUUUAGUACCUAGCAACUCAUCAUCUGCUUCCAUGUCUGAAAAUAAGGAUGAUAGAUGCAGGAUGGCUUUACAAAUUAACAACUACUUGACAGAACUCAAAAUGCAACUUGAGGAAAAGGAAAUGGAUUGGCUUGAAUUGUCGGUGCUGAAAUCGUGUAUGGAGGAUCUUCAGAUGCUGCAUGAGGAGAUAAUGCACCUUGAAGAUCUGCCUUCCAUCAUCGAUUCAUCUGACAAUUGAUUCUUGAUUUUCAAAACUUCUCUAUUCAAGUAUCUUCACUUGCUAACAACAGGAUAACUCUCUUUCAUUCCCCCUUCCUUCAUGUGCCUCCUCCUUGGCAUUGCUUCUACAAUUAACUGCUGAAACCGAACCCGACUUUAAUUCCUUUAAUUUUUACAAUUUCGUUUUCAUAUUUGUUGGACUGAUUACCCUUUAAAAGAAGAUAUUGGUUGA